AUGGGAGACUACGGAGAGGGGGGUGAUUCCGUCCAUUUCUUCCUAAUUGCCGUAAAAAACGGCCCGGAAGAUACGGCUUCAUUCGUUUUGGCGUACCAUUUCGUACAAGAGUCUCCCAUCACGUAUACGAAUACUCCACCUGAAAUCUGCACCACCUCAGAUUCGUGGGGUGAUGCCUUUAAUGUCGCGACAUCCCAUCAGGAAGAAAAAGAAGGCUCUUCACUCUUCACUCAAACAAUUAUCUAUCCACUAAAAUUCAACACUUUUUGGUCGAGUUAA